GUUUGGUGAGUUUCAGGGCAGGGAACACACACACACACACUCACACAAAGAGAACAGGUUGCACAGCCCAGUCAGUGAGAAAUUACACUAAACAUUUCCUUCUGCAGAGGUUGAUUCAGAGAAGCCUCUCUCUCAGGCAACACAUAGAGAUUUGCCCACACCACUUUUCUACCUCAGCGGAGAUUUUGACUACUGACUACUGUCUACUGUAUAAGGAGAAGCAACAGCAGGGAACUGAAAGAGAGAACAACAGAAACCAAAAGAAAAAAAGAAGAGAAACUGUCGAGGAGAAGAAGACUCUUGCUGGCGCCGCAGGGAAGAGCUCAGUUGAGAGAAGACCCCCGAGCCCCACACUGGGAGCCGAGAGAGAGAGAGAGAGAGAGAGAGAGAGAGAGAGAGAGCAGCAGACGCGGCCGUCGAGGGGGCAGAAGAAUGAGCCUGUUUGGAUGUUUGUGCUCCUCAGUUUGAUCACCAGGGCCAUCAGGACUCACUCAGCUGCACAGCUUGACUGCCCAGGUGGAGACAGUGUGUGUAGAGCUGAGCAGUGUUGAGAGGGGAGAAGAGAAAAGGAAGGGCGAAGAGAACGCCAGUGUGUGUGUGCGUGUGUGUGUGUAUGUGUCAGUCACAGCACAUCACAGAAGGAGGCAGCUCUGAUUGGAUGUGUCAGAAUGACAGCAGAAGACUCCACCUGUCCUGUCGCCAUGAGUAACGCAAGCGCCUCUUCCACCACCAACCCCGUGGCCUCCGUCCCCGAGGGCGUAGCGGGAGCCCAGAACGAAGCCGCGCUGCUGGCCCUGAUGGAGCGCAGCGGCUACCAGAUGGUCCAGGAGAACGGCCAGCGCAAGUACGGCCCGCCGCCGGGCUGGGAGGGUCCGGCGCCGCUUCGCGGCUGCGAGAUCUUUGUGGGCAAAAUCCCGCGCGACGUCUACGAGGACGAGCUGGUCCCCGUGUUCGAGUCGGUCGGCCGCAUCUACGAGAUGCGGCUGAUGAUGGACUUUGACGGGAAGAACCGCGGCUACGCCUUCGUGAUGUACACGGCCAAGCACGAGGCCAAGCGCGCCGUGCGCGAGCUCAACAACUACGAGGUGCGUCCGGGCCGGCUGCUGGGCGUGUGCGGGAGCGUGGACAACUGCCGCCUCUUCAUCGGGGGCAUCCCCAAGACCAAGAAGCGCGAGGAGAUCAUGGAGGAGGUGUCCAAGGUGACGGAGGGCGUGCUGGACGUCAUCGUCUACGCCAGCGCCGCCGACAAGAUGAAGAACCGCGGCUUCGCCUUCGUGGAGUACGAGUCCCACCGCGCCGCCGCCAUGGCACGCAGGAAGCUCAUGCCAGGGCGCAUACAGCUGUGGGGUCACCAGAUCGCCGUGGACUGGGCGGAGCCGGAGAUCGACGUGGACGAGGACAUCAUGGAGACGGUGAAGAUCCUGUACGUGCGCAACCUGAUGAUGGAGACGUCCGAGGAGACGCUGCGGCGCAUCUUCGGCCAGUUCAACCCCGGCUGCGUGGAGCGCGUCAAGAAGAUCCGCGACUACGCCUUCGUGCACUUCGCCAGCCGAGACGACGCCGUGGUCGCCAUGGACAACCUGAACAACACGGAGAUCGAAGGUUCCUACAUCGAGGUGACCCUGGCCAAGCCAGUGGACAAGGAACAGUACAGCCGCUACCAGAAGGCCACCAAGGGCUCGGGCAGUCCGGCCGCCCCCAGCGAGGCUAGCAGCCAGCAGGGCUACGUGUACCAGUGCGACCCCUACACCCUGGCCUACUACGGCCACCCCUACAGCACCCUCAUCGGCCCCAAUAGAGAGUACUUCACCAAAGGAAAUAUACAACUGGUCCAUUCAGAAGUGCCACAUCGCGAAAACUAUACAGGUGCAGUGCGAGGCCGUGGCAGAGCAGGUGUGAGCAGCCGCACACCUGGGCCGCGCGGGUCCUACCUGGGCGGGUACUCCGCCGGGCGCGGCAUCUAUAGCCGCUACCACGAGGGCAAGGGCCGCCAGCCCGACAAGCCCUACGAGCUCACGCCAGGCCUGGAGCUGGCCGCCAUCAACACCGUGGGCAUGAAACCAGCGACAGUGGCUAUUCCAACUCUAGGGGCGCAGUACCCCGUGUUCUCCACCCCCGGCGCCCCCAAGCUGAUGGACGAUGGGAAGGUCCACGGAAUGGAGCACCUCAUCAACCCUCUGACCUUACAGCAUGACCACACCGGCGCGGCCGCCGUCCUGCCCUCCGUCUCAACACCACCUCCAUUCCAGGGUCGACCCAUCACUCCGGUGUACGCCAUGGCCCACACCAUGCAGCGCAUGCCCACGGGGCUGUACGGCGCCGGCUACAUGCCGCUCACCGCCCACACGGCUAACACGGCCGCGCUGGCCGCGCUGCAGAAGAACGCCGCCGUCGCCGCGGCAGCCUACGGAGGCUACGGCUAUGUUCCUCAGGCGUUUCCCGCGGCAACCUUCCAGAUGCCCCUCCACGACAUCUACCAGACCUACUGAUGGAGUCCUGAACAAGUGUGCUCAGCCAAUGGCAACACUCUCAUGAAGAAUUGCUCAAGAAGUAACUAAAAGAAAUGAAGAAACCGCUCAUGGCCAACCAAAUCCACCAGACCCUCCCCUGGUUUGGACUUUUGCAUUAUUACACGACCGAUAUAGAGAAAACCCAACUCCAGUCCACCACACCCCUCAUCACAAGCCCUCCACACCCCUCCACACCCCAUAAUAAGCAGCACUGCAUAUGAAUGAUUUGCCCUCUUAUUUAUGUAGCUGUGAAAUCACAUUGAUGAAGCAACGUGACCCUGCCCAACUAGCCACCUCUCACCCAACUCCCAACUGAUGAGCCCUUCCCACCCAAUAGCCCAACUAGCCACCUCUCACCCUUAACUGAUGAUCCCUUCCCACCCAAUAGCCCAACUAGCCACCUCUCACCCUCAACUGAUGAGCCCUUCCCACCCAAUAGCCCAACCGGCUUGUUACCCUCCCCAAACUAUGGAAUGUGACCUUAAUUCCACCCUGCCAAAUCUGACCAUUCCAUGCCAGAUUUAAUCUGAUCCACAUGCCCCCACCCCACCCGCACACACACACACACACACACACACACACACCCACACAGCGAGAGACACACACACACUCACACACACACACUCACACUACCCUCUGCAGUUUUGGCACCAUGAGCUUUGAAGGAGUUUGAGCGUCUGUAGCGAUUGGAAAGCUGUGUUUAUGAGCUGCUCUUGGAGGUUGACUUUCCAUCAUUGCUGUUGUUGAACUUUUUCAGAGACAAAAGUUAGACAAAAUAAUGUCUUUAAAAAUGUGUGAAGUCUCAAGGAACUACUGACAUGAAAUGUAAAAUUCAAGAGAAUUCGUAUGUCUUUUUGUCUGCAGUGUUAAUGCAGAGAUUUUAUCACAGAAGAUUAUGACUUCCACUGUUGAGUCAUCUUCCGUCCACUGGAUGAACUACUUUAGCUCAAUUUCUUUAAACUGUUUUCUUCUUUCAUAGAUAUUAUUGCUAUUGCUAUUAUCAUUUAUUUGCUGCUUGUUUGGUUUUAACAGAUUGAGUGUGAAGCUUUAUGUACUGGAACAUGUGUCUUGGGAGACUCUUUGUCUCUGUUUGAGAACUGGAAAAAUAUCUAGAAAGUUAGCAUAAAAAUGAAAGUUAGCAUAAAAAUGCAACUAUGCAAGACAAGAACAACCAACAUUUCAGCCUUUCCAAAACCUUUCAAAAGUGCCUGUUUUACUAUGACUUCCUAGCCACCCUAACAAUUUGUAUAAAGUAGCAGUAAACAAAAGGUUAGCUUAGAGACAGGCCCUGUGCUUGGCUUGUGUGAUGAGACCAAACGUGCCUUAGCUAGCUAGCUCUGCUCUGCUCUGCUCUGCUCUGCAGGUUCACGUAUAGUGUGUGGCUCGCCACCUGCAGUGCGGCACAACCAUUAGCAUUCCACCUGAGCUCAGACCAUCAGCGGCAGGGAGUUUUAGAAUCUGUGUGUGGUCAUCUGACUAUUGCCCAGAAACCACAAAAAUGUGGCAACAAAGUCACAAAUACUUGCUGACUGAACGAUAGCAAGAAGGCUGACACAUACUCGUAAUACUGAGUUGGUAAGUAUUUCACAAUGCCAGGUCCUUGUGAAGAGCAGUCCUUUUCCAGUGAAGUGAAGUGAGCCCCCUGUGUUUGUUGUGACAUCUUUUCCCAGCUGUAGCUUCAGCUUGACCUCAGGCAGCUGCAGUGCAGUUCCUCUCAGCUGCUCAGCUCCAACGACUGAAGCCUCCACAUGAGCUUGUUAUUGAGCUCCUCUGGCCUGGCAGAUCACUGUUAGUACUCCUCUAGUCUAGCUUGCUUCAGCCACGCCCACUGACACACGGAGAGUGCCCUGUGUGGGCCCUGAGGGGUUCUAGAAUGCUCUUAAGUUCUGUACUGCUGGAGGCUUUAGAAAUGUGUGUGUGAGCAGAGAGUGUGAAUGAGUGUGUAGUGUGAACUUGUUUCUUGUGUUUGUGUGAUUAAAUCUGCACUCCAACUCUAACCACUGAGAAAACACAAUGAAAGAAUGAAGAAAUGCCAGUUGUGUUUCUUCCUACGCUUUCAGGAAGAAUUUUAUCUCCACGUGGUCUUAAAUAGGUUAACUGGACCAGAUAAAUAUCAUGGUCAUCUUUACUUUUUAAAAAAUUUCAUUUUUUACAUUUUUGUGUUUCCAAACCCAUGAAAUGGCAGGGGAUGUCCAAGGACUGAGCUUUAUGACGCCUGCUCACCUUUGUACCUAUUUCAGACAUGCUCACUCUGGUAUGUAUCUGUCCUUCUGAAGUCUCACUACUCACAGAAGAGUCCAUUUACAGUGAAACUGUUGUGUUGUAGAGAAACCAUGUUAGUGACAAGUGGGCACACCACUGUCAAUUUAUUGAAAAACCACUGGCACCUGAUGAAGGAUCCACACACACACACACACACACCCUAAGGGCUGUUGUCAGAGCUGGUGUGCUAGUGUGCCUUGUUGUAUUAUGGCAGUGUUUUUGAGAUGUAUUCUAUGGCCUUUUGAGACUGGUAGACUUGUUUAUUACCACAGAGUAAGGAUAUAUAUUUAAUAUAUGCUUCAAAUAUGUUGUGUAUGAAGUAAGAAGAAAAGCGAUAAUAUAUUUUAAAAGAAAUGUUUUUUCCUUCUUUUCCAUGCGCUUAUUUUAGAGAUGAAGCAAAAAAAAAAAAAAACAUGUUUGGUUUGCCAAAGUGUCCAAAUGUGUGAGCCUAGAGUGCGGUGAUGGGAAGGAUAGUGGGUGGAGCUGAGUAGCAAGUGAUUGGCCGGUGUGGUGUAGCUACAGUACAAGCUGGCCAAUCAUGUGUCUAUCCCCAUUAUUACCUCACUCUGAUUGACAUCCUCCUCAGCAGCAGUUUUCACUUGAAGUGCUUAUAGUCCCUGUUCUGACUACUUUAAAAACAAAGCGAACAACACAUAUUUUAGUGAACGUUUUUCAAAGGAUUGUAGUGUGUAAGGGUUUUUAGUGUGCCUUAUUGCCAAAUGUUCUAGAGUUUUUCUUUGUUGAACUAUUUUCUAUCAUGCAUUUGUUUGUUAAAGCUUAUUUGGCAUUUAUGUAUUUAUAGUGGUUAAGUAGUUGAAUAAAGCAUUUUCAAAAACACGUCAAAA